AUGUUUGUUUUAAUUAAAUUGCAGCGAAAGGGACGCUAUUGCCAACUUGUCAUGGGCCCCGCGGGGAGCGGUAAGUCUACGUAUUGCCAGACGAUAAUGCAACACUGCGAGGCGGCCAAGCGGAGGGUCCACCUAGUUAACCUUGAUCCGGCGGCAGAGCGGUUCGAGUACCCACCGUCGGUCGAUAUUCGCGAUCUCAUCACAUUAGAAGACGUCAUGGAGGAGUUGGGCUACGGGCCGAACGGCGGGCUGAUCUACUGCUUUGAGUUUUUGAUGGAGAACCUCGACUGGCUUGAGGAACAGCUGGGUGACUAUGAGGAUGACUACCUGAUUCUAGACUGCCCCGGCCAGAUUGAGCUGUACACGCACAUCCCGAUCAUGCGGCAGAUGACGCAGCUGCUGCAGCGGUGGAACUUUCAGGUGGUAGGUGUAUACUGCCUGGAGAGCCAGUUUAUCGAGGACACGUCCAAGUACUUUGCAGGAGUGAUGAGCGCCACGUCAGCGAUGAGCAUGCUUGAGAUCCCGCACAUCAAUGUGAUGACAAAGAUGGAUCUGCUGUCGGAGGAGGUCAAGGAGAACAUGGACCAGUACUUUGAUCCCGACCCGUUGCUGCUUGCGAAUGACGCCAACAAAUCGACCAGCAACAAAUUCAGGGAACUGAACCAGGCGAUCGCAAACCUCAUUGAUGAGUUUAGCAUGGUCAGCUUUCUGCCCCUCAACAUCCGGGACGAGGACUCAGUGGCGUACAUUCUCUCGCAUGCGGACAAUGCCAUCCAGUGGGGCGAGGACCAGGAACCCAAGGAGCCGAAUGACAUUGACGAGGAGCAGGACAACGAGUAG